GUGCCUUCUGUAUUCCCUUGUACGUGCCCUACGUGCUGACGGGGAGAUGGAUCUUCGGGAGAAGCCUCUGCAAACUCUGGCUGGUAGUUGAUUACCUGCUCUGCACCUCUUCGGUCUUCAACAUCGUGCUGAUCAGCUAUGACAGGUUCCUCUCGGUGACAAGAGCGGUUGCCUACAGAGCCCAGCAAGGCAACACCAAGCAAGCGGUGCUGAAGAUGGUGAUGGUGUGGGUACUGGCCUUCCUGCUUUAUGGACCGGCCAUUAUCAGCUGGGAGUACGUAUCAGGCCGGAGCAUCAUACCCACUGGGCAAUGCUACGCUGAAUUUUUCUACAACUGGUAUUUUCUCAUGACCGCCUCUACGCUGGAGUUUUUCACCCCUUUCAUCAGUGUAAUGUUUUUCAACCUGAGCAUUUACCUGAACAUACAGAAGCGUACCAAAAUGCGCCUGGAUAUUUUCCACGAAGUGCACAACCAGUCCUUCACUGAAGAGAUGGAAAUGAGCCCAGAAGCAAAGCUUUCUUUGAAAUGCUGUAAGUGGGAGCAGAAGGAGCCAGCUGAAACCCUCGAUCUCUCUAAGAGCAAAGCUCAAGCAGCAGCUUCCACUGCCAGCCUGGGUGCCAAGGACCUGCUGCCAGCAAGCUGCGAGAGCUCCGAGAAACCCAAAUGUUGCAACAAAAAAACCUGUAAAAAUUCAGCAUCCACUCUGUCCUUGGAGAAACGGGUGAAGGUAGUGUCCCAGAGCAUGACUCAACACUUUAGGCUCUCUAGAGACAAGAAAGUGGCUAAAUCACUGGCAAUCAUCGUGGGCAUUUUUGGGAUUUGCUGGGCACCAUACACUCUCCUGAUGAUCAUCCGUGCCGGCUGCCACGGCCACUGCAUCUCUGACUACUGGUACGAGGCUUCCUUUUGGCUGCUGUGGAUCAACUCGGCCGUCAACCCUGUCCUGUACCCUCUCUGCCACUACAGCUUCAGAAGAGCUUUUAUCAAACUCCUCUGUCCCAAGAAGCUAAAGGUUCAACCCCAUGAUCCCCUUCAGAACUGCUGGAAGUGA